CCAUCCGGUAGGUGGCAGAUUAAUUCAGAUGUUCAUCAUAACUCCAUCCCCAGCACGAAGUUCAACAUUUUCAUCUUAAAUUGCACGGGAAUGGAAUUAGUCUGACACCUUCUCUGACUGGAAUUCAGUUGAAAUGUCCCAGCUGGGAAUGGAAAUGGGAAGAGUUGAUUUUCUCUGUAUCCAGCACUUGUACACCCUUAUGUUAUCAGACCGUCAGGUGACAGAUGACCACUUGGUGGCAUGUUACUGAAUUUGGAUGCAUAAAAAGAAACAUACAGCUUCUCUACAAUGUGCUCUACUACACCCUCUCCAGAUCAAAGGUCACAGCACAGUCCUGAGGUUACAGCUCCUUCUAAUGAAUGGUCUGUGGAAAUCAAAUUGACACAUGUUGACUGCAAUCCUGCAGACAUUUUGGUGCACUUCCAGGGUCAGUAUGUGUCAACCUGUGAGUUAGACUACAACAUACUGAGAGUAGAGAUUCAAAAUGCGGAGAAGGUCAGGGGGCCUGUGGAUGUAGGGAAACUAUGUUUGGUGGAGGAUGACCUAACUGGUCGUUGGUACAGAGGAAGAGUUCAGAACAAGCAGAGGGAUCUAUUUGAUGUCUUUCUUAUUGAUCAUGGAAAUGUUCUGUCAGUCUGUGACAACUACUUGGCCAGUGCCUCAGAUGAGUUACUCACGCUGCCCCCUAAGAUUGUCUGUGGGUUCUUUGCCAAUGUGUUACCAGUGGGCCAAUGUUGGACACCACAAACAGGAAAGUAUUUCUCGUCCUUUAUCGGCCAAUUCAUAAAUGGUUACAUCCAUGCCCUACUGCCACACAAAGUCCUCAUACUCGAAGCACCUGAAAUCACCAAGGAUUUAUCAAGACUCUGCUUUGGGAGACAUACAGAUACCGGUACUUUUCUGUUGGUUGUGGAAAUGCUGACAGAGGUUCCAAUUAGACCAGACAGUGAACAGAUCCCUGAUCUAUUGAGCGAAAAUCAAAUUGCAAAAGGACAGUCUUUUAAACCCCUGUGUAUUCAGGGUGUUGAGAACAUUCUCUCUUGUUGUGGUCCCCGGCAGACAGUGGGAGAGAAGGUGAAGGUGCGAUUGAGUGCUGCAGUUAACCCCAGUGCUUUUUACUGCCAAAGGUUGUGUGUGGAAGAAGAACUUAAGGUGAUGUCUGACAAAUUGGCAUUCCUGUGUGAGUCAAAGAGAGAAAACAUCAGGGAUAGGCCAGAGGGCAACCUGGGUCUGCUGUGUGCGGUCAGAGGCAAAGAUGAAAAAUGGCACAGGGGUUAUGUGCAGUUUCUGCCUGUAAAUUCACAAGUCAGAGUUCUGUUUGUUGACUAUGGAUACUGUGAGUUGGUAAAAGUCGAAGACGUCUAUCAACUUCCCUCAGAUUUCCUUAUGAAGCCAAUCAUGACUUUCCCAUGUGCAUUGUCAAGCCUCAAUCAAGACACUGAGGCUUUGAAGAAAGAGCAGCAUGAUUUGCUUUUGAAGGGACUUCUUGGCAGUGCUUUGAGUGUCAAGAUAAAUGACUUUGACAAGGAACAGAAUUUCUAUCAUGUCACACUGUGCAAUGCUGAAGAUGACUCAGUGGUCAAAACAGAAGUAACUCCUGACAUUGUCGCCCAGACAAGUAAAGUGCAUGAUCACAACAUGUCUUUGAAAUAUAUCCCUUUACGAUGCACAAAUGAGACAAGGAUUAUACCAAGCAAUAUCUUGAGGGAAGACUUUGAAGUGGGUGCAGUUUUUGAAGGUUAUGUGGAACAUGUACUCAGUCCUGUUCAUUUCUGGAUAAGAACCGCAAAGCGCAAUCAAGACUUUGAACACUUGAUGAACACGUUGGCUGAUUACAUCAGUACAUUAACGCAGAAAGAGGACAUUCUCGAAAAUCCAGUGCCUGGCACACUUUGCUUAGCAAUGUAUCAGAAGGACCUGCACUAUUAUCGGGCCAUAGUCACUGACAUUCUGGAAUAUGGGGCUGAAGUAUUUUUCACAGACUUUGGCAAUACUGAAAAGGUGCCAAAUUUUCUUAUUAAAAAACUGCCUGAGCGCUUCACUACUGAACCAGAAUUUGUUGUGAACUGUUCUUUGGCUCAUGUGCUUCCAUUGGAAGACGUUUGGACUGAAACUGCAACAGAACACUUCAGGCACACAGUGUCAAACAAAGCCCUUGAAAUACAUGUCAUCCACAAGACAAAUGAACGAUUUCUCGUGGAUUUGUAUAAGAUUGGAACUCAAAAGAAUGAGAGCAUUGCACUCCUCAUGACAGCAGAAAAAAUGGCAGUGAAUUGGAAACACAAGCCAACAGCUUUGUCCUCUGCUUUUGUAGUAGAAGACUCGAAGAAGUGCAAGACAAAAACCUUAAAGCCCAAAUCCACAGUAAGAACACAGGGAAUACUCACCAAUGAGAAAGUAAGCGCAGAUGAGGACAAGGGAGAAAAUGGAAACCCUUACAGAGGCAUUCAAAACAUGCCGGAAAAAUUGAAAAUUCAGAGAUUCAAGCCUGGAGAGGAGUUAACUGUACGCUGUUGUAAUUUUGAUACCCCUUCGGAUUUUUGGUGCCAGAUUGAGAACCAGAUCAGCAGUUUGAACAAACUCAUGGAAGACAUGCAGGUGUUUUACCAGACACAUGAAGAACCAUUGAGAUCCAAUGAAGUCUUUUGUGCUGUAAAGCUAGCAGAGGAUGGCAGGUGGUACAGGGGCUGCCUUCUUUCAAGAAAAUUGAUUAAUUGCGAAGUAGCCUUGGUAGAUUAUGGGCUUGUGGUACUGGAGCAGGUGACUAACCUUCAGACACUUUCAUCAGAAUUCAAUCAGUUGGAAGGGCAGUCAUUCAGAUGUAGCCUGUAUAAUUUGAUUGAACCUACAGAUGGAAAUUCCUGGGGCAAUGGAGCAAGUCUGUCACUUAAAGAGUUUGUUUCUGAGUCUGUGAGUUUGAAGUGUACUAUUCAUGCUGAGCUGUACGUGAUGAAUGUAGGCCUGUGCAAUGUUGUUGACCUUCACACAACUUCUCAACAAGCAACUACAUUCCUUGUGAAGCAAGGUCUUGCCGUGAAAGUCCAACCCCCAAAGCCUCUUCGUCCAAAAGCUUACCCAGUUUCCUUUAUGUACUCUUCCUUCAGCAUCACAUUUGGAGGCAAAGAACAAGUCUAUGCCACUCAUGUGGCUAGUCCAUGGGAGAUAUAUUGCCAGCUAGGCCAAAAUGGGGGUGUUAUUGAAGACCUGAUGGAAAAAGUUGCAAAAGAGAGUGGCAAAGCACUUUGUUCUAACUCCGCUGUCCAUCCAGGAGGGCUUUGUCUCGCAAAAUACCCUGAGGAUGGGAAGUGGUACAGGGGGAUCAGCAAGCCUGUCCUGUCUAAUCAACUUCUGAGUGUGUUUUUUGUUGAUUAUGGAAACGGGCAAAUUGUUGAGAAAAGCGAUGUUAAGCCUUUAGAGCACAGUGCUACAGAUUUGUUGAUGACCCCUAUGCAAGCCUUGAAGUGUAGCCUUAGGAAUAUCCCCAAAGGUGAACCCCUGGCAGAGGUCAAUGACUGGCUAGAGAACAACAUUUUAAAUAAGCCAAUUCAAGCUAUAUUUGUGGCCAAAGACAGUGAUGGAACCUUCAUUUGUGACAUGUUUGAUGGUGACACCGAUAUCACUGAGAAAAUCAGAGAGAUAAUUGCCGCCCAUGAAGAAAGUGAGAAGGGUUUGAUCACUGACCAUAUCAAUGCUGACAGUAGGCUCCCUCAGAACAGCAGAGACAUUAAAGCAAAGCAAAGCAAUAAGGUUGGCCACAACAAAAGGUCACCAGGAAAGCCAGAAAUCAAGAAGGUCAUUAAAACGGUUGAUGCUAAAGCCUACAACCGGCCCGGAAAGACAACAACUCCCAAAGUACAGCCGGAAAAUAAAACAUCUGGACAUGCCCCUAAACAGUUUCUCCAAACUCAAGGUUGUGUCACGGUGCUUCCAAAACUCGCCUCUCUCCCUGAUGUAAAAGUGAAGCCUGGUUUUAAGGGUGUUGGGUUUGUUUCCCAAGUGGAUUCCAUCAACAGUUUCUUUAUCCAAAUGCAAGAGGAUGAAGCAAACAUACUUAAAAUGGGUGAAGAGCUCAAUGGCUUGUCGUUCAAAGAGAAGGCAGAAAAUAUCACAUCAGAAGUACACAAUGGUGAUCUUGUUGCUGCUGAAUUUGAAGAAGAUGGUGCUGUUUACCGUGCAGUUGUUACUGAUGACUCAAAGAAGGGACAUUUGGCCAUCGAGUUCAUUGACUAUGGAAAUGUGGCUACUGUUGAUCAGAGGAAAGUUCAUAGACUAACUAAUGAGUUUAUAUCUCAGCCCAGGCUAUGCAUACCAUGCUCUCUUGUUAAGACACAUACUCUUGUGAACAAUUCCUCUUUUGAAGCUGUGGUAAAAGACCAACCUCUCGAAGUGGAAUUCAUCAGACACACUGGGACACAUUGGGAAGUUAACUUGGAUGUGGAAGAAUCCAAGCUACCAACUACAUCAGAACACGGUACUGAAAUGAGAAAAGAAGUGAUCCGAGCCUCCAAUCCUUGGAAGUUUGAAAGUGGAAUUACACAUGAGCAACACACUAAGACCAGAGGACCCAAUGAGAGGAUGAGGAUGCAAGAAAGGAGUCCGUUCAACAGGAAACCCUAUUCGGGAAGGGCCACACUAAGUAAAAGAAAGAAACAUGGCCAGAAAUCACAAACCAAAGAAUUCAUCAAACCCACUGCAUUGAAAGUCAAUCCUCCUGAUUUGGUGAGUGAGACCUCAAUGAGUCUUGGAACACAUUUCACUGAGAGAGCCCCCACCAUCUUAGAAUUUGUUCCCCUUAAAAAUCCUUUCUGUGUUUCGAAAGAGCCAUGUUGUUUCCCACCUGUAGAAGAGAGAGCAGAAGUUCCACAGCAGAUUGCCAGAGGGGGACUGACUGAGGAGGGAACUCUUCUGACAGUUUUGGAGAAUGGAGAGCUUUACAUCAGACUUAACAGUAGUGCUGCACAACUUACUGCCCUUGAAACGCUAAUUGAUGAAGUUGAGCCAGAAUGCCAAUUUGUCCCUGUGAAAGAUGUGAAGGAGGGUCUAAAGUGCUUGACUAAAUCUCACGGAAAUGACCAGUGGCGUCGAGCAGUUGUGCGUCAUGCUUGGAUUGAACAGAAAAAAUGUACCGUUCAAUUUCUUGACUAUGGGAGCACAGAGCUGAUACCAAUGGGAAGCAUCAAAACUCUUUGUGAUGAUGUGGGCCAGAUGCCAGAGCAAGCGAUCCAUUGUAGAUGGAAUGGUUGUGGUGAACCUAUCACAGUGUUAAAAGAAAUUCUCAGCCCUUUAGCUGGUCAAACUAUCAAAUUAAUGUUUGUAUCCUAUGUAGAAGCUCUUCAGCUGUGGAGUGUUGAGAUCUUCAUGAAUGAGCGUCUCAUUCUGCAACAGAGAACAAAGUCUGAUUAUCAUGCUGAGGAGAAAGAAUCACAUGUCGUAUCUGAUGUAUGUCUUGCACUUACAAAAGAAUCCACCAAUGAACAAGAAAAUCAGCCUAGGAAAUUGUUCAUGGAUCCUGUUACAAUGGGACUAGAGUACUCUGGAUUUGUGGCUGCUGUAACCAACCCAGGAGAAUUUUACAUUGCCCUUGAUGAUCAAGAUCAUAAUGUGAUUACAACUGCUGUGUCAGACAUAUUAGAGAGCUUACGAGAUCUUCCAAGUCCACUUCCUGAUUCACACCUGAUUCCAGGGACUGGAUGCUUGAUCAGGCAUAAAGACACAAAGAAUUGGUGUCGAGCAGAGAUACUUCACGUGGACAGUGCAUCCGUGGUGAUGAAUCUUGUCGAUUAUGGAGUUUGUACACACAUUCUACCAGAAAAUGGAAGCCAUCUGAAAAUUCUGCCUGCUGAGUUGGCCAGGCUGCCAAAAAUAAUCUAUCCAUGCCUACUGCGAGGAAUCAAGCCAGCUGAAGAUGAACAGUGGUCAGACCGUGCUGUUCUCUUUUUCCAGGAGUUUAUAUGUCAUAAAAACCUUCAGAUUUACUUCAGACAGUGUAUUUUAGAGACACAAUGGGAAGUAGAUAUUCUGACAGAUGGAGUCAGUCUUGCCAAAGCCCUUGUUGAUGCUGGUCAUGCCUUGUACAUUGACUGCAUGCUUGGUCUUAGAUUUGAACAAGAACACUCUCAUAAUCUCCGAGGUUCUCCUGAAAAGUUUACAGUGGAGAUAACUGAAUUGAUGCCUGAAGGAGCAGACCUGAUGGAUGAUCCCAAAGAGUUCGAGUGGAAUGCAUUGGUUAUCCAGGGGUCUGAAAAAAAUGGAAGCAUGGAGGAACCCACUAAAACAAACACUGGUGUUAAACAAUGUGUUCUGCAAUGAAGAAUAUCCAUGUAAAGGUUCCAUGGGUUUCAGACACCUGAAACUACCCGACAUUUAGGAAGGGGCUAAAUUUGAGUAGCAGCACCAUUCUGAAAGGACAUGUAUAAUAUUUCUGUUUUAAUCAUUUUUAGGCAUGAACAUGUGACUAAUGAUUAACAUUACAUCAUUACAUUAUCAUUUUAGUUAACUUAAAUGAUGUCAUCAUCCAGGAUGAAGAAUUUUUCAAAGUAUAAAAAUGUAAAGUGGUAAACCAUAGUUUGACAUGGGUGUAUAGUUUGUUUUUAUGGAAAGCUUGUGUUUGUUUUGCUGUUGUGACCUUUUUUAUUAUUUUUUUUAAAUGACGGGACCAGCAGAUCAAGAUCACCCUUACUCCAUAUUUCAUAUGAUGUAUAGCAUUGUCUUCUGCAUGGUUUUACAAAAAGCACAGCUGUCAUUUUGUUCAUCUGAAAUGUGCCAUUUUUGUUCAUGUAAUAAUUGAAGUUAAUA